GCCCGGCUCCUCCCGGCCUUUUAGGCGCACUCGCGGCGGGACCGCCCCAGUCCCACCCGGCACUCCUCGCCCACCGCCCGCGCGCCCAGCCCGCGCAGCCAGCCCAUUGCCCCCGGUCCGACACCGCCGCCGGCCGCCCCGUCCCCCACCGCAGCCAUGGCCGCCAUCAAGAAGAAGAUGCAGAUGCUCAAGCUGGACAAGGAGAACGCCAUCGACCGCGCUGAGCAGGCCGAGGCCGACAAGAAGCAGGCUGAGGACCGCUGCAACCAGGCCGAGGCAGAUGUGGCCUCCCUGAACCGCCGCAUUCAGCUGGUAGAGGAGGAGCUGGACCGGGCGCAGGAGCGCCUCGCUACAGCCCUGCAAAAGCUGGAGGAGGCUGAGAAGGCAGCUGAUGAGAGCGAGAGAGGAAUGAAGGUCAUUGAAAACCGAGCCAUGAAGGAUGAGGAAAAGAUGGAGCUGCAGGAGAUGCAGCUGAAGGAGGCCAAGCACAUCGCUGAGGAUUCAGAUCGCAAAUAUGAGGAGGUGGCCAGGAAGCUGGUGAUCCUGGAAGGAGAGCUGGAGCGCUCAGAAGAAAGAGCUGAGGUGGCUGAGAGUAAAUGUGGGGACCUAGAGGAGGAGCUGAAAAUUGUUACCAACAACUUGAAAUCCCUGGAAGCCCAAGCAGACAAGUAUUCCACCAAAGAAGAUAAAUAUGAAGAGGAGAUCAAACUGCUGGAGGAGAAGCUAAAAGAGGCUGAGACCCGAGCAGAGUUUGCCGAAAGGUCUGUGGCGAAGCUGGAGAAAACCAUCGAUGACCUGGAAGAGACCUUGGCCAGUGCCAAGGAGGAGAACGUGGAGAUUCACCAGACCCUCGACCAGACCCUGCUGGAACUCAACAACCUGUGAGGGUUGGCCCUGCCUCCAGCCAGGCUAUAGUUGCCGCCCCAACCCAAUAAAACUGACGUUACUGGCAU